AUGCUCGAACUUGAAUCGAUUAAUGCCAUGUACAGCCCAUCCGACAAUCUACCGAUACAGAACGUGAAAGAAUGGCGCAUACAAGCUUCCAAACGUCUCGAAGAGUGGUAUAGUGUAACUCAACAUAGCCCAAACAGGGCGCUAGCCAGGACCAUCCAGUUCCACGACAUCAUCUACUACUUCCUACUCUUUCGUCUAAACAGACCGUCUCCGGGUAUUCCGUUUCCAGACCAUCAAAUGCGGCAACAAAGCAUCAAGGCGGCGCUCAAACUCGUCGACGUUUAUGCCCACGUUGCAAAACAAGGCCUGCUUUUCUACCUCUGGCAUGCAGCACAUCAUAUGCUGGAAUUGGGGGUGUUUUUCCUGCAAUUUAUUCUUGGUGCGACAAGAAAAUACACACCUGCUACCAUCUUCAGUGCCGAGAAAUUUGACCCCAAGACACUAAUCGAUGCCAUGGAGACCAAUAUUUCACUGUUUGCGAGGGUAGCCAGUCGAUGGCCGGAGACUGAAGCAAGUGUCAGAUCCCUCGAAAGCGUCACACGGCCAGUACUUGUCGUGUUUGGGCACUGGCAGCGUGGAUCGCGUCCGGCCGGGGAUUCCCUUGACUCCAAGGUCAGAGACUCCUUGACACACUUGGCCAAGAUGGUGAACCUACCAAAUGAACAGCCCUUUCAUGAUGUUUCUGAGCAGCCCGGCCCACAAAACACUACAUCCCAGGAGUCUCUUUAUCCAUCACCGAAUAUAGGCGUCGAAACGUAUCGAUGGAGUAAGUACGCGAUACAGAAUGUCUACUCGCCUGAGCGACCGGCUCUCAUUGGAGAAACGCAACCCGGAUUCAUGUAUGCAACAACGGAGGGUAUUCCCAAUAACGGCAAUACUGGUCCGCUCAUGGGUGCAUCGUCGAGUCAUGAUGCUAGCAAUGACAUUUGGGAUCUGUCGUCUGAGCAAUUAGAGGAGUUGUUUGCCUCCUUAGAUCAAUUCUCAGAGGACUUUUUAUUGGCGGCAUAG